CGAGUUCUGCUGUUGCUUUGGCUUUCAACUUCAGAAGUCGAAUGAGCUAAGGAAUUCUACUGCCACAGCGAGGAAGGCUUUUAAGGGUUGUUGACAGGGGGUUGCAAAGUUGCAAACGGCGCUUUAUGUUAUAGGUCAGACAAACAACCCUUAAAUUUUAAAGCAGCCAAUCAGCAUACGGAUUGUGUUUUGGGCAUGGCUGUUUCUAACGGUUAAAAGGGAAGUGCCAAAACAAUUAUAUAUGCUAAAUAGCCAAGCUUUGAACUUGACAGUUGGGCAAAGAGUUCUUUCCAUGAGCUGACCUUGAUAAUGCCUGAGGCCAGCUGCCUAAUCCCUGGGUUUCAUCACAUCAAAUUGGGUUCGCUUUACAUAAUGGCAACGUAACGGCCGCAAGCUGAAGUUGCAGCGGUAACUGAAGCCAGAGUCGCAGUUGGAGUUGGAGCUGGAUCGCUCGAGCAUUGCACAACUGAGAGAGGGACUGGGGCAGCGAAUCGAUCGAUUUCACACACCGCUGACUCCUGGUCGUAUGACUUCCGGCAUUAUUGGCUUUUGGUCAUGCUCAAUACCAAAGAGCCAAGCCCCACAAGAGACCUGCCUAUAAAUGCCCAAUGUUGUUGUCAAAAUGCAGCCACAAUUUUGACGAGCUUGCAACGAGAUGGAGCUCAACGCUGCGCUACUCACAGUCUGCCAACUUUUGUUAGUUGUGGUGCCGCCCGCACAACUCCAGCCCUAUUAUCCACACGCGCAUCCCCACAGGCAACAGUUGUACUAUGAUGCACCACCUCGUCUGCGCCGCUUGGAAUACGCACCGGCUCCAGUCGCAGCGCCCUUUGUGUCCGGCUAUGUGGCACCACCUGCCGCACACUAUCAACAGCACACGCCCAACUUUCAGCUGAUCAACUAUCGGCCUAGCUAUCAGCCACUGGCCUUGGAGUAUCAGCAGCAGCAACCACCUGCACCACCAGCAGCACCACUCUCGUCCAUCUAUCCACAGCCCAGUGCGCAGUAUUUGCAGCGUUCUCUGGCACCGCAUGCGGAGCUGGCCAAGUAUCGCUAUGAGGGCAACUAUAUGCCACUGCAACACCGUGAGGCAAUUGCGCCGCAACAACCAGCGCCUUCACUUCAACAACUGCAACAACUGCAACAACUGCAACAACAGCGACGCAUUGAGGAUCAGCUGUAUAAUGUGCCGCCAGCUCUGUUCACCAGCGAUGUGUUGCAUGUGGUGCCUUCCCGCACAGCAGCAAUCCAGCAACAACAAUCACAACAACAACAACAUCAGCAACAACAGCAACAGCAGGCGGAACGUGCGCGUCGCUUUGCCAUCAGGCUGGAUGGGAAUGUGGAUGCAGUGGCUGCCGAGUCCCGAAUGGACAGUGAAAAACCCAAAAAGGAGACCAAAUAUUUUCAUGACAUAUUCAUGAGAUUUGAUGGAGCACAUGGACGCAAACAUGGACAUGUUCUCGAGCAUCCCAAGGCUCAGGAGCGACGUUUUGAAACACAGCGCGGCACAAAUCGUUACAAGGGCGAGGUGAUUUGGACGGAUCGUCAGGGUGGUCACGGUGAGCAUCGCUGGGACUUGGCGCAAGGAAAACUCUGAGCUGCUAAUUUGCAUACUCUAUAUUUCACUCUCUCUCUCUCUCUCUCUCUCUCUCUCUUUCUAUCUCUAUUUCUUUUCUUCAUUAACUGCAUCUGUGCUCAGCGUAUGUUUAUAAGUAAAUCGUGACUUUUCAUAA